AUGAGUGUGGUAAGACAAACAUCAUCACUGACCCAACCACUGACAUCCUCCAAACGGCACAAGAGUGUGAGAAAAAGCUCCAGGAAGAUCUACACACCUUACCAGGACAAUCCAGUGUCCUCUGAUGAUGAAGACAAGGAUGCAGAGCGCAUGGACAGUAAUGAUCCUGAGGAAAUGUUCCAGAAUAUUCAGUACCAGAAGGAAAUCAUUGCCAACAUCCGAACAAGACCCUGGCCAAUGAGACGCAAGCUCAAAGUCUUAAAGCAGGCCAGAGAGAUCGUGCUGAAGUAUGAAGGUAGGCUGACCAGGACGCGGGGAUACCAGGCUGCAGGUGCAGAUUUGUUAAAGAAGAUUUCAAGAGUCCUCUACAACAUCCUUGUUUUAUUUAUCCCAUGGGAAAUGAGGAUUAAAAAGAUUGAAAGUCACUUUGGAUCUGGUGUGGCCUCAUAUUUUAUUUUCCUCAGAUGGUUAUUUGGGAUUAACAUCGUCCUCACAAUUAUGACUGGAGCCUUUAUUGUUCUUCCUGAGCUCCUCGCUGGCGCUCCUUUUGGCACCACACGCAGCAAAACCAUCCCAAGGGACCAAAUCGCAUCAGCUCAGGACCUUGACACCAUCUGGUCACUUGGGGGUUACCUGCAGUAUUCUGUGCUUUUCUAUGGAUAUUAUGGAAACGUGCGUAAGAUUGGCAGUGCUGGUUAUCGUCUGCCCCUGGCCUACUUUCUUGUUGGGAUGGCUGUUUUUGCCUACAGUUUCAUCACUCUCUUAAGAAAAAUGGCAAAGAACUCACGAUUGAGUCUAUCCAGUGCUUCCAGUGAGAACUACACAUUCUGCUGGCGAAUCUUCUGUGCCUGGGACUACUUGAUUGGCAAUCCUGAGGCUGCUGAAAGCAAAGGAGCAGCAAUAGUCAAUAACAUCAGGGAGGCUAUCGUAGAAGAGCAAGAGAAGAAAAAAGAAACCAGCCUAGCGGUUUUGAUCAGCUUGCGGAUUCUGGCCAACAUCCUGGUCCUGCUCUCACUGGCAGGAAGCAUCUACAUCAUCUACUUUGUUGUUGAUCGCUCACAAAAGCUGGAGCAGCAGAAAGCAGAGCUUACUCUGUGGGAAAAGAAUGAGGUGAGUGUAGUGGUGUCCCUCAUUACUAUGAUUGCUCCAUCUGCCUUUGAGCUGGUGGCCCAGUUGGAGAUGUAUCACCCAAGAACAAGCCUUCGAUUCCAACUUGCCAGGGUGCUGGUGUUGUAUCUUGGAAACCUCUAUAGUCUGAUAAUUGCCCUGUUGGACAAAGUAAACAGCAUGAGCUCUGAGAUUCCAGGUAACUGGUCUGACUCCACAUCUUACCUGGCCACCAUUUCCCAGCCUGCAGAAACCAACCUGUCUACUGUUGUCCCAGAGAUCACUGAGGGAAGGAAUAGCACUUUCACCAUGGCUGUAACAGAUGUAAACCAAACGACCAUCACUGUUAAGCACAGCAUUGUGUCUGGACCAUCAGCACCAGUCCUACCUGCAAUUAACCAGUCCAUUAUAUAUGAAUACAAUGGCAAAUCCCAGCAGGAUCAGUGCUGGGAGACCUAUGUUGGGCAGGAAAUGUUAAAGCUCUCAAUCAUUGACAUGAUCUUCACCGUGGCUAGCAUUUUGUUGAUCGAUUUUAUCCGGGGCCUGGUGGUUCGAUACCUGAGUGACUGUUGCUGCUGGGAUCUGGAGAGCAAAUUUCCUGAAUAUGGUGAAUUCAAGAUAGCUGAAAAUGUCCUUCAUCUCAUAUACAACCAGGGAAUGAUAUGGAUGGGGGCCUUCUUCUCUCCCUGCCUUCCUGCCUUCAAUGUGUUGAAGUUAAUCGGGCUCAUGUAUCUGAGAAGCUGGGCUGUGCUCACCUGCAACGUUCCACAUCAGCAGGUCUUCCGGGCUUCCAGAUCUAAUAAUUUCUACCUGGCCAUGCUUCUCUUCAUGCUCUUCCUCUGUAUGCUACCAACCAUCUUCGCGAUUGUGAGGUACAGGCCAUCACAGCACUGUGGCCCUUUCAGUGGUCAAGAGAAGAUCUAUGACAUCAUAUCUGAAACAAUAGAAAAGGACUUCCCUGCAUGGUUUAGUAAGGUGAUGGGUUAUAUCACAAGUCCUGUGGUGGUCCUGCCAGCCCUGUUGCUCCUCUUCAUGCUGAUCUACUACCUGCAGUCCAUCGCCAGGUCUCUUAAAUUCACCAACAACCAGUUGCGGAUGCAACUUCAGACCGAACGCACAGAUGACAAGAAAAAAGUUUUUCAGUUGGCUGCAGCACGUUUACAGCCAACUGAGGGUGGUGAGCAAAAACCUGAGCAGGAGAGUGACAUCACCAGCAUGGAGUCCCCAGCCCGGUCUGCUUCUCCUCCACGUCGCAAUGGCAGUGUCAACAAAAUUCUUUCGCCAGCCCGUUGCAGCAACAGCAUCCGCACGAUUGCCCAGUCAGCCUCCCGGCUUGAUGACAGGAGUCCCUCCAUCCUUGUGAGACCCAAACCUAGCAGUGCUUACAGAGUAAUCGCCAACCCCUCCGUUCCCCAGAGAGAGAUUCACAGGGUGGAAUACAUCCCUAUCAGGCAUCAAGUCUAUUCAGGCCGUUCCAAAUCAUACCAUCACAUGGCCUACAAUCCAUCUGUGCGUUUCUCUGAGAGUGUCCACUCAGACCCGGUGUUCAGGAAAGGCAUCAGGCCCAUGCACCCAGAGCCUGGUAUUGUUACUGCACAAAACUACCUGGGUCGGCGUGCUCACACCACCAGAUAUGUCAUCCUAAAUGAACAUGAACCACGCAAAAAGGUUAUGCGUUCUACCAUGCGUCUGCCCAGGCACUACCGGGUGGUGGAUGAGGCAGCUGAGAUUGUAGAGCUUUACCCCCGCAAUGUGAAGUGCUACAUUCCACGAGGUCAGCAGCCCCACCUUAGUGAGGAAGAGGAAGAAGAGGAAGCUAAUGAAAGUGGAAAGAGAGGAUCUUUAGGGCACUCACACCGGCCAAAGUCACUCUCAGAUCUCCAUCAGAGAUCACCGGCACGCUUUUACAUUGGUGAAACUCUGGACAGUCGCCUAGCACGUAGAGUGUAUGGAGCGGAAGAAGAAGAAGAUUAUCUGGACUGGGAAGAGGAAGGCCCUCGUAGCCGAUCCCGAACAAAUAUUAAGAUCACGGAAACACCACACAGACAUGGAGAACCUCAUGUCAAGUCCAAGAACAAACGCAAAGGAGAGCCAUCACUGACUGAGUCUGAUUCGGCGUCAUUGGAGUCCAGCAGUGACCAGCAAAACAGCAGCACUGACCAGUACAUCCAGGUCAUCCAUAACAAAGAGAAAUACCUAAAACACAGCACUAAGAUGACUAAAAAGAAGUCCAAAACCAGUGCUGAACUAAAGACAACCGGACCAAAAGAUCUAGUGUGCUCAAAUGUUUGACUAAACUUACAGCAUAUAUUAAACCAACACUGAAGUUUCCAGUAGUUGUUAUGUUGUCUUCACAUGUUUUAAAGCACAUAUUGUAGG